AGGCAUAUUUCGUAGCUUUUACAGCCCGGAAAAAGUCAUAAAUUUGAAAUGUAAGGAAGUUGAGCUUAUAAAUAGUGACUACUUUAUUGUCUGCCUCAACACAACACAAAGGAAAAACAGAAGCUACAGCUUUUUGGAACAAGGCAUGGCGGGUAGAGUAGCAGUAGCAGUAAUGAUGGUGGUGAUUACGUUGAGCGGCAGAGGAGUUUGGGGCGGCGAUCCAGACAUGCUCCAAGAUCUCUGCGUUGCUCAGCUCACUAAUUCUGCUGUGACGGUCAACGGGUUCCCCUGCAAGUCCAACUUCACGGCCGACGACUUCUUCUUCGACGGCCUAGCCAAACCCGGCUCCACCAACAACACCCUCGGUUCACUCGUCACCGGCGCCAACGUCCAGAGGAUUCCUGGCCUCAACACCCUCGGCGUCUCCCUCUCCCGCAUCGACUACGCCCCCGGCGGCCUCAACCCGCCCCACACCCACCCCCGCGCCACUGAGAUAGUCUUCGUCCUCGAGGGCCAACUCGACGUGGGCUUCAUCACCACCGCCAACGUCCUCGUCUCCAAGUCGAUCAAGCAGGGUGAGAUCUUCGUGUUCCCCAGAGGCCUCGUCCACUUCCAGAAGAACAACGGCAAGUCACCCGCUGCCGUCAUCGCCGCCUUCAACAGCCAGCUGCCGGGGACUCAGUCCCUCGCCGUCACGCUGUUCGGUGCCACGCCGCCGGUGCCGGAUCAUGUUCUCACCAAGGCAUUCCAGAUCGGUACCAAGGAAGUCCAGAAGAUCAAGUCCAAGUUCGCGCCCAAGUAAUGAAAUAAGUGGAGGCUUUUUUGUGGGGUUGAAAAAUUUAUUUGUUUUAUUUUUAGAAUAAAUAAAUAAAAAUGGUGUACCAUGUAUGAGAAUUUCUGCCUGUUUUCUUCUCAUUUUUCAUGUAAUCAAUAAUAAAUUCGAUGCCUUGACAUGAUUAUCUUUGUUACUAA